CCACUCUGCUCAGUAUAAAAAGGGAAGAGGCUCGCAGCAGUUCUUCACUCCUCUCUCCUCACUUCAAGUGGAUCUCAGAAUCAGCUCUCACUCUCACUCUCUACUCCGGGGAAUCUCUGGACUUUGUAUCUCUUCAGAAGAAUGGCUUUGUCACAUAAAAGCUGCACUCUCCUUCUGGCUGUUGUGGCUGCAGUUUGCAUAGAGCUCUAUCAAGCUCACGACUUCCCUGGACGAUGCUCAUGUGAAACCACAAUCAAGUACACCAAAGAUAUAUCAGAUUUCCAAGUCCUUGAAAAGCGGCCUGGAUGUGAUAGAACUGAAUUCAUUGUAACCAGGACCAACCCAGACAACUCCACUGACCAAAUCUGCAUAAACACUGUGGGAAAGAUGGCCAAGGCUUUUUUGAGGUGCUGGGAAAGGAUAAACAAAGACGAGAGCCGUAAGAUGGAGUGUAUUGACAAAAAAAGAAAAUCAGAGUGAAAGAACAAGCGGGGGAGAGCUGGCUGGGAGGCCUGAGUGGGGAGGAAAGUUAUCCGGACCCCAGUCCCGGAGGUCACAU